AUGGCUCCAAAAGGCCACCGGCAUGGCCCGUCAAGUAGUAUGUUUGCUCAGAUUACUGAGCCCAUACCUCUUCCUACUCGCUUUGCCCGAAUCAAGAGAGAUUUGAUUGAGGGUAAAGAAUCUCAAAUCAAGAGUUCCUGGAUAAGACUGCUUGUCAAGUUAAACACUGAAAUCGAUAUCAUCGCCAAAGCCGGUUCGGAUAUCUACCCAUCUAUUGAUUUUAACGAUCUCAAAGAGUCUUCAGUUGCAGACGACUUUUCUUCAAAACUAAAAGAUCGAGGUGUCGCUGUUGUUCGGAAUGUAGUUCCUCAUGAUCUGGCUACGAAAUGGAAGGCAGAUACCGACGCCCACUUAGGAGACCUUCAGGCUCAACGAUUGCCCACCCAUGAUCCGCAUCUUUACGGAGUUUACUGGUCUCCUGGGCAGAUCAAAUCUCGAGCCCAUCCGAACAUUCUCUAUACUCAACGUUUCCUAAUGAAUUUAUGGCACUCGUCUGACCCAGAAGCGCUUGUGAGCCCCAAUUUUCCCAUCAGCUAUGCCGACCGCAUGAGGGUCAGGAGACCUGAGGAUGAGACAUGUUCCCUCAGCGUAUAUGUUGACGGAGGAAGCGUGGAGCGUUGGGAGCCGGAUGGCUAUGGUUCAGCAGCGACUUAUCAACGCAUUUGGGAUGGUCGUUGGGAGGAUUGGGAUCCGUGGGAAAGCAGCACUCGACUAAAAGUGACAAGCGAUUUAUACAAUGGUGACGGCUCAUGCAGCGUCUUCCGCAUGCUUCAGGGCUGGGUCGCUUUGAGUGAGGUUCCUUUUGGCCAUGGCACCCUUCUCUUGUGUCCCAUGAUUCGACUCACAACUGCAUAUCUUCUUCUGCGCCCCUUUUUCGUGCCUGAAGAAUCCUCACCGGCAAGCCCAGACUUUCUUACGCCAGGAAACUGGAUCCUUGAAGAGCCACCUUCGUCUGUGAUCCAAGGUGCAUUGCCGUCUUACCCACAGGAGCUCAAUGAUGCAUUACAUCCUCAUCUACAGCUUCAUCGGAGCAUGAUCCCCAUACCAAAACUUGAUCCUGGUGAUUACCUUGUCUGGCACUGCGAUACCGUCUACGCCCUUGACCGUCUCCGUCGCCCAGACAUCCCUCCUACAACAAUUAUAUAUCUUCCAGCCUGUCCAUUAACUCAGACAAAUGCCCUAUAUCUUGCCCAUCAGCGCAAGGGUUUUCUACAUGGGGAAGCCGGCCCUGACUUUACCGGAGCCCCUACAGGCGAUGUCAAUGUAGGGGGAGAGCAGGCCGUUCGAGAGGUUGGUGAGGCAGGCGGUGUAGACGGCAUGCGUGCAAUGGGGCUAUUGCCGUGGGAUGAGGACGAAGCUCAAGAUGACCUUGAGUAUGCAGUAUUGGAAAUGGCAAAUGGUGUAUUAUUUCCAGAAAAGUAUGAUGAAACCUACUGA